AAUACUCUUUUCACCUUUUUAAAGAUCAAUCUAUCACUUUUUUUCUUUUCCUUUUUCUGUUCGACUCAGUGAAAAACUUUUGAUAGUCAAAAUUUAGAAACUUUAAAGUGACACUCCCACUAAGUUUUUGACUCGUAUUUUCAUACUAUAUAUGCUACGUAGGCAAGUAAGCAACGACUCUCGUCUCCUCUUCUCUCUCUCCAUGUCUCUCACCUAACCUUGCAAAGAAAAAGAAAAUAAUAACCAUCUUACUAUCUCUUUUCCCUUUUGAGAAAACCCCUCUUGAUUAAGGUCUAAAGAUGGCAUCAAAAAAAGCAAGAAAACCAAAUCGAGCUGAUAAGGUACUCACGAGAAGCCAUUUCAAGAAACAACUUCAACAACACAACAACACAAGUACAACUCUUGAUCAAACAUCUGCAUCUAGUGUUGUGUCUACGUGUUCUUCCUCAACGACUUCGUUUUCUCCUCCCUCUCCCUCCCCGGCGGUGCUAGCUUCUUCACCAGGCGGCGGCGGCGGUUGUUGUACUCCCAAAGCUCAGAAGUGUAGGAUACCAGAGAUGCUGACGUGUCCACCGGCGCCUAAGAAGCAAAGGGUCACACAGAAUAGCGUGUUACGAAGGAGGCAGAUCGUUUUCUUUGCUCCUCCGGAGAUAGAGCUCUUCUUCGUCAACGCACACGAUCGAUGAACAACUUUUUAAGUUAUUAAUUAGCUUUUUCUUUUUUUUUUUGUUGGUUAGGAUUUGAUAGAGAAAGUAGUAUAAGAAGCUGAUCAAAAAUUCAUCUCUUUGAUUUUGUUAAUACAAUAACGAAGAGUAUUUUAUAAUA